AUGAUGAUCUCUCAAUUCUUCGUGCUCUCCCAGAGAGGCGACAACAUCGUGUUCCGCGACUAUCGCGGUGACAUACAAAAGGAAAGUGUUGAGACGUUCUUCCACAAGGUUAAACUUUGGAGUGAAGACGGCGAAGAGGAGGCUCCGCCUAUAUUUGUAGAGCAUUACCCGUGUCAUCAAGGAUUAUCUAGCAUUCUUAAUGAAGAUUCUCUGCGGAAGAAUUUUGUGCUCGUUUAUGAGUUGCUUGAUGAAGUCAUCGUAAAGUCGGUUCCACUGGCGAUGUCGUUGUCGACCAAGACCAUGGAGAUGGCGAGUGGUGCGUGGUAUUGUGCUGGAGCUGAACUGAAGGAUUCCACUGAAUCAUUGUUAUAUUGUGAUGAGUUCUUAGUGAUAUGGAGCUCUUCUCUUGCUUUUGGAUCAAGAAAAGGAUGCCUCUCCCAUGCCAGAUUUUGGCUAAAGACUGGCAAACAUCCUACUGAGUUCUUCUGCAAGACUUUGACUGCAAGUGACACUAGCACUCAUGAUGAGUUCUCAGUUCCAUGA